GGAUGGACUCAGGGAAUGUGGUUGGUUUAUCGGUUUGGACUGAGUCUGGCUGGAUGGUUUCUCUGUCUGCUGGUGUCUGGAAGGACCAGGGGUCUAUGGAUGGGAUACUGGUACUUAUUCCGGGCCCUAGGGCUAGGCUUUCUUUCUGGGCCCAGAUGCCUGUGGUUACGGUUAGGAUGAGGAACACGGGCGGACUGGACACGCUACUCAGAGGCGUGGCCUUAGCCCCGGAUAUAGAGCUGGCACUUGUGGGAUGGCUGGCGUUGAUGCUGCUGCCGGGCGUGGUGGACAGCACCAUGCCCUGCGGUUCGCUGUGGUCGUCAAACCCC